AUGCCCUCAGUCGAUCCAUCCAGAUUAGUGGAGGUGUUGCCCGAACGAGUGGGCUCCGUCUCGGCUCCCGACUUCCCUCACCAUACGCCCGGCAAAGCAUUCCCCUCGGGAUGGGACUCGACGGCAUUCCGACGGGAUCUGAAAACCGAGAUCACUCGACUUUCCUCCGAGCGUCUAGAGUUCGAUCUGAUCGGCGUGGAUGCUAGCAUUGCAAAUGCGAUCAGAAGAACGCUGAUGGCCGAAGUACCGACCGUGGCUAUUGAAGACGUGUUUGUCUGGAACAAUACCAGCAUCAUUCAAGACGAGGUGCUGGCCCACCGUUUUGGGCUCAUCCCGCUCAAGAUUGAUCCCAGGCGAAUGGAGUUCAACAAUGGCGAGGCCAACGAUGCGAACACGAUGGUGUUCAAGAUAAAGGCAAAGUGCGAGCGCUUGCAAAAGACUGGACCGGAGCAUGUAGCCAUCAAGAACAGCAUCAUCACAACCUCACAAAUGGUGUGGGAGCCCAAAGGCGAUCAACAGACGGACUGGGCUUCCGAACCUCCCCGGCCUGUGCAUCAAGACAUCAUCUUGCUCAAGAUGCGGCCCGGUCAAGAGGUGAAUUGCGAACUGCACUGCAAAAAGGGGCGAGGAAAAGUCCACGCAAAGUGGUCGCCUGUAGCCACGGCUUCGUAUCGACUGCUGCCUCACAUCGAUAUUGUGCAGCCUAUCCCCUUGCAACAUGCAAAGAAAUUCGUGGAGUGCUUCCCGCAGGGCGUGAUCGGUGUACGGAAAAGCAAGAGCACGGCAGAGGAGGAGGUGUAUGUUAAAGAUCCGAGGAGGGACACUGUAAGCAGAGAAGUGCUUCGACACGCCGAAUUCUCGGACAAGGUCAAGCUGGGUAGAGUCAGAGAUCACUUCCUCUUUGAUAUCGAGUCUACUGGCAUUUACCCCCCCGAAGAUCUCCUACCCGCCGCUCUGCUCGAGCUUAAGGAGAAAGUCAGGACUGUGCGAGAAGGUGUGGAAGCUUUGCAAUCUUACCACAUGGGCGCAUGA